UCAGUCUUUCUGGGAAAGUGAAACGAAAACUGUUCCCAGAUGAAGAGAACGCACCUGUUCAUCGUGGGGGUCUACCUGCUGUCCUCCUGCAGGGCAGAAGAGGGACUCAACUUCCCCACGUAUGACGGCAAGGACCGCGUGGUAAGCCUCACUGAGAAGAACUUCAAGCAGGUUUUGAAGAAAUACGACUUGCUCUGCCUCUACUACCACGAGCCCGUGUCUUCAGACAAAGUCGCGCAGAAACAGUUCCAACUGAAAGAAAUUGUGCUGGAGCUUGUGGCCCAGGUCCUGGAACAUAAAGAUAUAGGCUUUGUGAUGGUGGAUGCCAAGAAAGAAGCCAAGCUUGCCAAGAAACUGGGUUUUGACGAAGAAGGAAGUCUGUAUGUUCUUAAGGGCGAUCGCACAAUUGAGUUUGAUGGCGAAUUUGCAGCUGACGUCCUGGUGGAGUUUCUCCUGGACCUAAUUGAGGAUCCCGUGGAGAUCAUCAACAGCAAACUGGAAGUCCAAGCCUUUGAACGCAUUGAGGACCACAUCAAGCUCAUUGGCUUUUUCAAGAGUGAAGACUCGGAGUAUUACAAGGCUUUUGAAGAGGCAGCUGAACACUUCCAACCUUACAUCAAAUUUUUUGCUACGUUCGACAAAGGGGUUGCAAAGAAAUUAUCCUUGAAGAUGAAUGAGGUUGACUUCUACGAGCCAUUUAUGGAAGAGCCCAUUGCCAUCCCAGACAAACCUUACACAGAAGAGGAGCUCGUGGAGUUUGUCAAGGAGCACCAAAGACCCACCUUACGUCGCCUGCGCCCAGAAGAUAUGUUUGAAACAUGGGAAGAUGAUUUGAAUGGGAUCCACAUUGUGGCCUUUGCAGAGAGGAGUGACCCAGAUGGUUACGAGUUCCUGGAAAUCCUGAAACAGGUUGCCAGGGACAACACGGACAACCCUGACCUGAGCAUCGUGUGGAUUGACCCGGAUGACUUUCCUCUGCUUGUUGCCUAUUGGGAAAAGACUUUCAAGAUUGAUCUAUUCAAGCCACAGAUUGGGGUGGUGAAUGUGACAGAUGCCGACAGCGUCUGGAUGGAGAUCCCAGAUGAUGACGACCUGCCCACAGCUGAGGAGCUGGAAGACUGGAUCGAGGAUGUGCUUUCUGGGAAGAUAAACACUGAAGACGAUGACAAUGAAGAUGAGGAUGACAGGGAUGAUGACGAGGAUGACGAUGACGAUGACGACAAUUCUGAUGAGGAUAAUGAUGACAGCGAUGAUGAUGAUGAGUAG